UCUCCGCUGUCAACCCUGCAGACAGCUGUGCAGUUAGUUAGUCAGAGGAGAGACUGGCGCACAGACUGGCAAAGAACAAAGCAGGAAGACAGGAGAGAAUUCACCGGAGUCGCUUAGCCGAGUCCCAGCGCGCUCCAGGGCAGGUGACACAGAUGCAGAUUUCUCGGGACGAGGGGUUUGACAGUUUCAUCUCCGCCCACUGGCUAUAGAGCAUAAUAAAAAGCUCUGUAAACUCAGAGAGGGGGAAGGAGAUUCGGAGCUUGCCCACCGAGCUCACAGUCUCACCGCCUCUGCAGGGAAGCUGGGCACCAUGCACGUGAAUGGCAAAGUGGCGCUAGUGACGGGAGCAGCGCAGGGCAUAGGGAAAGCCUUCGUUGAGGAGCUUCUGCACAAAGGCGCCAAGGUAGCACUGGUGGAUCUAAAUCUGGAAGCAGGUGAAAAAUGUAAAGCUGCCCUGGACGAGCUAUUCGAGCCUCAAAAGACGCUGUUUCUUCAAUGUGAUGUAGCAGACCAGGAACAACUGAGAGAUACUUUUCGAAAAGUAGUUCAACAUUUUGGAAGAUUGGAUAUUUUGGUCAAUAAUGCUGGAGUGAACAACGAAAAACACUGGGAAAAAACUGUACAGAUUAAUUUGGUUUCUGUGAUUAGUGGAACAUAUCUUGGACUAGACUACAUGAGUAAACAAAAUGGAGGUGAUGGAGGAGUCAUUAUCAACAUGUCAUCUCUGGCAGGACUUAUGCCUGCUGCACACCAGCCAGUAUACUGUGCUUCCAAGCAUGGAAUAAUUGGAUUCACACGAUCUGCUGCUAUGGCAGCUCACAAUAUGAAGACUGGUGUGAGAUUAAAUGCCAUUUGCCCAGGUUUUGUUAACACACCAAUCCUCGAGUCCAUUGAGAAGGAAGAGAACAUGGGGCAAUAUUAUGAAUACAAGGAUUGUAUCAAAGAUAUGAUGAAAUUUUACGGACUAUUAGACCCAUCAAUCAUUGCUAAAGGAUUGAUAACCAUCAUAGAAGAUGAUGAUUUAAAUGGCGCAAUUAUGAAGAUCACAACAUCUCAGGGAAUUCAUUUUCAAAACUAUGAUACAAUUCCAUAUCAGUCUAAAACUCAGUAAAUAUUUCAUUAAUUCACAACAUCUGAAUAGAAGUACAACUGAUGUAUUCACAUGCUUCUGGAUUUGAUUCAUAGUAUAAAAGCUGUCUGUUUUAAAGAUAUUUUACAGCUUAAGUCCUUUCAUGAGAAAAUCUACAAUGAAAAAGAGUUGUAUUUGUGUGGGAAAAGGUUAAUGUGUUAAUGACAUUUUUCCUUAUGGUUUAUUAAGCAUGUGAUUAAUAGUUAUGGACUGCAGCAUGGACAUGGAAACUUGAGCUAUGAGGAAUUUAGAAGGGUGUUGAAAUACUAAUAUGCAUUUUUUAUAUAAUUAAGUCAUUAGUGCACAAAUGAUCAUUUUUUCCCAGAACCAUCAUGUCUUAUUUGAUAUUUUAAAUACUUGAAUUACUCUUUUCAAGGGUGAUAGAAAUAUAUUGUAAACAAUUAUUGUGUUUGUGUGCAUAAUUGAUUUAAAUGAGUUAAGCUACGUGAAAUAGCAAAUGCUCAGUAAUAAUACUUUUAAUACUUAAUGUACACUCUUUGAUCUGAGCAACUCCCAUUCUUAAUUUUUUUAGUGUAUUUGUUGUGACAGCAUCCCUUUGAGGGAAGUAAAGAAAUCAACUAUAGUUGAUAUACUUACCACGAUGGGAAUAAAGCCAGUGGCUAAGAAUAGAACUUUGAGACUAUUGAUUUCACAGCUCAGAUUCCUGUCUUAGAAGAAACACUGCUUUCCCAUUUGUCAGUCAUGGCUGUGACUGAUUGGUCUACUUACUCAGCUAUCUCUGAAUUCAGGGUUCUGAACUCUAACUUCAAAAGCUUUUAUGUUAGGCUUUGGGGACAGUGCGUUUAGUAUUGGCAAUUCAACUUUUAGAAGUGCCAUGGAGCAAAAAAAGAAUAGGAACCUCCCCCCCAAAAAAAAAUAAAUUUACGUACUAAUUUAUGAAAAAAAAAUUGUAACUGGAAUGUGUAUUUCAGAUUCAAUUUUCCUUUUAGCCAGUUUCAUGGAUUUCAAAAUUGCCUGGCUUUCACUAAAAUCAUUUGAUUAAAAUCUCUAAAAUAUCACUAAGUACUCUCAAACUGGAUGAUAAUUCAUACCUUUUACUUUUCAAGUGCUGAUAUGACAGUAGAUGUGGCAAAACCCCACAGCACACAAUAAUAAAAAUAGCCAUGUAGUAUUUCCCCUUUUCCUGCUAGCAUUGUAAUUACAUGUAAUUAUACUCUCCAGGGCCAGUAAGGGACAUGAAUAUGUGGUGGAGGGAAGAGCUAGUUUCCUUACCUGAGGUGUACAAAAACAUUUUUGCUGCACCAAGUUAAAGUAAUCCGUGCUCCAGUAGAUGCUGCAACCAAUCAAUGGUGAAGGCCCUAGAUUCCUAACUUAGUCACUGCAGCCUGAAGGUCAGUGAAUCUCCUCUGCCUGCUAAAUUAUAGGCCUUCUAAUGUGAGUCAAGUCCUUUGGGCUGUGCAGCAAGUGACGAAUGUACCUCUUAAAGGAUAGAAGAUUAUAUAAUCCCAUAUAUGUUACUGACUAAAAUUCGAUGGAGUUAACUAAGCAUGAAUCCCUGGUGGUUAUUUCUUGGAGUUCACUAAGAAAGCUUUUGGGACAGGAAGCCUCAACAAGGCUGUCUCCAACGGAAGAAGAUUCAAUUUGCCUUUCAUGGAGAUAAAUUGGGAAUGGGCUAUGUCACAUCUGGGCAUAGACCUCUCCACACCACCCAAUGAGCACCCAUGCAUUGAAUAUUACUAUUGUAAACCAUGUUUUCUUUUUGUCUUUUUUUUUUCAUUUUAUCUCUGUGACAUGAAGUCAUACUUUGAAAUGUGUGUAUAGUAAUUUUGUAGACCCUGCAUUCUGGCAGCUCUCAGCAAGGACAUUCUGUGAUGGAAAUACUCUCUUUCAA